CUCACGAAGAGGAACCCAAUCCCGGAAGCAGUGACAAUAAUGCUAGAUGGGAUGUGUCGCUACCUCUUUUGCGGUCUCAGAGUUGUAGCUUACCUUUUGUGAAACACUCGAAAUGAAUUUAGAAGACGUCCCUAAACGACUAUGUGGGGAAUACUGAGAUGGUUUUACCGCCUUCAUGUCCGUCUACAUAUCCAUCUACUAUCAAAUGCUGGUCCUGAAGUUCCGCAUCACAGAAUGUUAUUGUGAAGAGGGAACACAUUAGGGUAGGAUGCACUCUUCAAACCACCGACUGCGAGAAAUGGAGCAGCACCAUCCGCUGCUGUCGGCAGGUGGCGACGUUGAGUCUGGUAGCCUCACGGCCGGAGUGAUGGUCGGCGGCGCCCACGCGGACCAUACCGCCGGGAACCGUACGGUGUGGUUUAUCCAGGACAGCUGUGGUAUGGUGUGCGCUGGCAUGACUUGGUUCCUGGUGCUGUACGCCGAGUUUGUUGUGAACUUUGUCAUGCUGAUGCCCGCCAAGAGCUUCUGGUAUUCUCUGCUGAACGGAGCCACCUUCAACUCCCUAGCCGUGCUGGCUCUGGCCUCACACUUGCGCACCAUGUUGUCAGAUCCGGGUGCGGUUCCCAAAGGCAAUGCAACCAAGGAGUACAUGGAGAGGUUGCAGCUGAAGCCUGGUGAGGUCAUCUACAAGUGCCCAAAGUGCUGCAGCAUAAAGCCUGAGAGAGCACACCACUGCAGUAUUUGUAAAAGGUGCAUCCGGAAGAUGGAUCACCACUGUCCCUGGGUCAAUAACUGCGUGGGAGAAAAGAAUCAGAGAUUCUUUGUCCUUUUCACUAUGUACAUAGCACUGAUAUCUGCUCAUGCACUGGGCCUCAGUGGCAUGCACUUCUUCACGUGUAUUAAAGUACAGUGGAACGAGUGCAGUGACUUCUCUCCUGGGGUGUCCGUGCUACUGCUGAUCUUCCUCUGUCUCGAAGCCAUCCUAUUCCUCACUUUCACUGCUGUCAUGUUUGGUACGCAGAUACACUCCAUCUGCAAUGACGAGACGGAGAUCGAACGUCUGAAAAACGAGAAGCCCACCUGGGAGCGUCGCACCAGAUGGGACGGAAUGAAAGCCGUGUUUGGCGGCCCGCCCUCCCUGCUGUGGUGUAACCCAUUCACGGGGCUGCGCCUGCGCCGCCUCAUGCUCUUAAACCAAGCUCGCCGUCCUGGGUCUGAGUUUUCCAUCUGAGGGCCACCUCUAAUGAGACUCUUGAGGAAGGUGAUGGAAUGGACAUCAGCUCACAUGGUACUGGCCUUCAUGUGUGGGUGACGGGGUGCUCCGGUGGGGCUGCACAACUUCAGCAACCUCCACUCAAUGUCCGCACUUUCUCACAAGAUUUCCAACAUAAGGCGGUUUUUGGUUUGUGUGGUGGUGACGCAUGCAGUAUAUAACUCAAGCGAGUCUUUUAUUUUUCCUGCUCCUCUCGCAAUUGGCUUCUUUUUUUUUUUUUUUUUUUAAUCAUUACAUGUUUUUGAUGAGAUUCAAAGUAAAUAUUUGACAGGGAGGACGAAAGGGGGCAAGCGGCAUUAUUGCAGACGACCCAGACAAAGGACGCACACUACUUGUAUGACACUUGAGAGGGUCUAGCACAAGACAGAGGAUGUGUGCUGCUUUGAUUUGCAUGUGUAACAGUGCAAUCAGUCGCCCGCGCCAGGCUGAUGAGGCUGUGAACAACAAGCUUCUUUCUUCUGUGCAGGGCUGAGUGGCUUUUACCAUGUUUUCAUCUCCUGCAUCAUCAACAUCAUUUUGUCUCUGGCUUCACUCUUUUUGCCCAGUACAAAACAUGUUUUUUUAUGAAUAGCUACUGCAGCGAGCUAUCUACCUAUGCCUCUCUGUAGAUAAAUGAAUCUCUUGAGUAUCCUUGCCUGCUUUGGUGGAUCAGUCUUGAAGGUUACUUUUGUAGAUCAUUUGGGCUUGCCAAGCUGCCUGCAGCAAGUUUUGGACCCUGCAGUGGCUUUGCAUGCUGCUUGGCUAUCAUGACACAAGCACAACAUUCUUUUGUGCUUAAACUUUAUGCUCAUUCUAAGCUGGUGAAUUACAGACUUUGCAGUGGACUCUGGUGGUGUCUUUUUCUAUCACGUAAGCCUGGAACAAGCAGACCUUCCCAGUGUUUUUGGAACACUUAAUGCCUUUUAACAACUUACAUUCAAUUCAUCCAUUAGCCAUCAUUUCCACAUGUUGUCAUGCUGUGGUUAGCUAAUAGGACUUUUUUUUUUCACUGGAUGAAUGUGGCAUUUAAAAAAAAAAAAAAAAACAGGAGUUCAGAUUUAACGAUAAAGCAUUGUCAAUUUUCCCUCUAUGCGUGGGAUGGUGUACUGGUUUUUGUUGUCAUCUGUGGUUGCCAGAGGAAGGGACUAUUUCUUCCUCAGUGUUUACACUAUGAAAGGUUGGUAUACAGAUGCUAUGUGACGAAUGUUAAACAAGUUGGCACUGUUUCUAAACUGUUUCAGGAGAGUUUUAUUAAUGCAGUCCUUGUGGGUGUUUUUCUCUUGUUACUCUGCUGGACAGGCUAAAAUUGGCAACCCCUCUUGUUGCUGAUUAAAUGCAAGCAUAUAUCUUAACAAUUUAAUUCAGGUAAUCCCGUCAAACAAAUUUAAAUAGGACUGAAGACCAGCUUAUUCAUUAAGUGUGGCUGCAAAAUGGGUGAUACGAAUAUAGGAACAGAAGUGGAGUUUACUGGUAGGAUGUGCUUUAUUCUAUAUCUGAUUAUUAAAGGUCAAGAAUAGAGUUCAGGAUCAACAAAUGGCUGUAAAGGAGGACAUUGCUGUAAACUAUUUAAAUCAUGAUUCCUGGGUUACAGGAUACAGGGUUAGCAGCUAUGAGGUGUGUUUUCUAUAUCCGAUUAUAUCUUAAACCCCUGCAUUACAUCAUGAUGACAUCAACGGGUUGUGUGGUCAUGCUGUUAACCACACCGAAAACAGUUUUCUGUCCCCUGAGAUCAAGUCUUGCAGCUUUUAUUACAGAGUAUAAAGGAUACUAUGAUCAUUGUAUAAACUGAAUGGUUUAUUUUGUUUUUGUUUCAUUUUGUUUUUUAAAUACUGUAUGUGUCAUGUUAAUUGUCAUUUUAAAUAAUAAACCUAAUUAAAUGAAAACUACAAGUGUAA